UCAAAUAUAGGAAUUUCACAUUCUUAGUAAUAGGAUGAAUAGGAAUAAGAUUCUCGGAUAUCUUUUCAUUGCUAGUAAUUUUUAAUAAUGCGAACCAAACGCACCCUAAAAGGGGGAGAUUAGGGAUGAAAAGCAAUAAGGCAAUAGAGAGAUAAAAGGGUGAAAAAAUUUAUUAGAGACCUGUUUGUUUGUUUGCCCUAACUGAUUUUUAUGUUGAAAACAAUUUUUUAGUUUAACUUAAGUUCAGAUGAAAAAUAUUUUCUCACCGCAGUUUCCUGAUAGAAAAUUAAUGACUUCCAAACUGUACUUAUCUCACUUUUAAUGUCUGUUUUACUAAAAAUUUCCGCACUAACAUAGUAGUUAAUUGUUUAUCAAUUUUUCUUUCUUUUUUGUAAAUAAUUUUGUUAUUCAGGGCAAAGUUAAUUACAGCAUUUAAAAAUAAUAAAGCUACAGAUAAAUUAAAUUUAUGACUAACUAAACAACAAAAGUGAGUAUGUACGGUCAAAAAUAAUUUUAUUCUUUUUUCAACUCUGAUAAAACGAACAUGCCUUAACCGGUGGAUGUGAGGUUGUAAACCAUCUCUUGCAAGUUGAAACUGAAAGGGGUGCAGUUUUUUUUUUUUAUAAUAUUCUUUUCAGAGGUAGCUUGUUAACUCUGUAUUGAUUUUUUAUGAUAUUACGGCUGCAUUUGAAAUUUCACAAAGCAUGUAUUAUCCACAGUGGGAAAGUGCGAUGUGAAAAUAUUUUGUUUGUUUCUAUAAAAAAUAAUAUGUUUUCUAAAUUGCAAUUAAAAAACAAUUUCUACGCUUUAAUUAAAAAUAAAAAGAAUUAAUUUUAUAUUUUUUCCUCUCCGACCUUUUUAGCCUAAUAAUCCAAGAUUUCACUCAAUACUAUUUACAUAGCUAGUGGGCUGGGAUGCGAUUUGACAAGUUAUGAAAAUUUUUAUUUCGAGCACCCAUUCGAAGCUUGGGCUCAGAUUCUGAGCCCGUUAUUACAAGCCCGGCCCAUUAUUAUCUUCCUCCUUACAUAUUGUACUCCCCACGCUUUUUCCCCUCGCACCAAUGGCGAAACUCACCACCAUCUCCCCCUUCCGCCUCACCUCCCUCCUCCGCCUCGAGAAGGACCCCUCCCUCGCCCUCACCCUCUUCCUCAACCCUAACCCUAACCGUAAUCCCGCCCCACCAUCUAGCCCUCCUCCCACCAAACCCUUCCGCUACACCGCGCGCUCCUACGACCUCGUCGUGCGCAAGCUCGGCAAGGCGCGCAUGUUCCCGGAGAUGGAGUCGGUCCUCGACAGGCUCCUCGCCGACGCGCGCGUCGUCCCCGACGAGGCCCUCUUCUGCGGCGUCAUCGCCUUCUACGGCCGCGCCCGCAUGGCGACGCGCGCGCGCCGCGCCUUCGACCGGAUCCCCUCCUUCCGCUGCCGCAGAACGGUGCGCUCCCUCAACUCGCUCCUCCACGCGCUCCUCCAAUGCGGCGACCUCGGUGCGGUGCGAUCCCUUCUUGUCGAAUUCAACACGGGCGAGUUUGCUCCGGACGCGUGCACGUACAACAUCCUCAUCCGGGCCGCGGCCGCGUCGGGGUCGAUAGGUAACGCACGAGACCUGUUCGACGAAAUGCGCGAGAGAGGUAUUAAACCGAGUGUCGUAACCUUUGGGACUCUGAUCACUGCACUUUGCGAUAAUUCGAUGCUACAUGAUGCUUUUAGGCUUAAGGAAUUAAUGCUUGAAUCUUAUAAUAUGAAGCCUAAUGUUUAUGUAUAUACUACUCUCAUCAAAGCGCUUUGUAAGAACACUCAGAUGGGUUUGGCUCUUAAGCUAAAAGAAGAGAUGUUGUUGGACAAAGAGUUAACGUUAGAUUCCGCGGUGUAUUCUACUUUGAUACGGGCGUUAUUUCGAGCGGGCCGGAAAGGGGAGGUGGUUGGGAUAUUGGAAGAGAUGAAGGGGAAAGGAAUAGAGCCGGAUACAGUAACAUACAAUGCUAUGCUAGCAGGGUUUUGUGAAGAUGAAAAGGACUUUGAAGCUGCAUUUGAGGUGCUCAAUGAGAUGGAGAGGAAGAAGUGUAGGGCGGACGUGGUGAGCUACAAUACGAUCAUUACCGGAUUUUGUAAGCAGGGGCGGUGGAGGGAAGCAAGAGAGUUGUUCGAAGAUAUGCCGCGGAGAGAAUGCCGGCCUGAUGUGGUGACCUACCGGAUCUUAUUUGAGGGUAUGUGUGGUGCUGAGGAGUUUAUGGAGGCUGGGCGGGUUUUGGAUGAGAUGGUAUUCAGAGGGUAUGCUCCGAGAGCAGAGAAUGUGAAGACAUUCGUGGAGGGAGUUGUAGAGAAAUGCGAUUGGGUCUUGGUCGAGUCGAGUUUGUGGCGAUUGAGUAAGGUGAACGCUUUGGAUUUGAGUGGGUGGGAGAAGGCAAUUUGUGGUGUUUUGAAGGAUUUUCAACAGUUCAAACUAGUAGAGCUAGUGGAUUCUCUAAGCUCGGAUUGAAUGCUUUCUAUUUCGCCUCUUUGGAGCUUAUGUAGAAAUGUUGUUUAAGCAGAGUUAUAUAAAGAAUCAUUGCUAGCUGGCUUUUCGAUUAAAACCUUCUCUACAGCUUCUCUUUGCGGCAAUAGAGGCUCGAUAGCUCAUCUUAGCUUUUCAACGCAGUUGAAAUACCAGACUUUGUUAACCAAUUGUUUGGUACUUCAAAGCAUCUGCUUACUAUCUGCUAGGCCAGGCCAAACGGGCACAGAUUAUGAUCGAGGCGGUUGAACACGAUGAAAUUUUAUUUGAUGCAAUAGUGUGAGAGGUGAUUACCUAAUGAGCUCAUUGGAGUAAUCAAAACAGCAUAGGUGGAAAUUUAACUUCUAGUUCUUGCUAGAACUUAAAUUGGCUAUUUGGAGCCCUGAAGUUAAUAGGGACUAGACCUUCUAAAGUUCUCGGGUUUAGAUGAAAACUGUAUUCUAAUGAGAAAGAACGGGUGCUGCAUUUGGAAUCCAUGUGAGAAAUGUUAUGAGAUUAUUGUAUGGAGAUUUAGUAAGAUUUAGGGGAGAUUAUGAUUCACUAUUACCCUUGGGAAGGGUAAUCUUUGUGACUCUUUUCUAUAACAGCAUAUAUCCAAAAGGUGUGUAUGGCUCUUCCUAAAUUUGCCAUCGAAGGUUUCCAUACACAACAAAAGUUUCUCCUCUUUGUGGCAUAUUGGCACUCCUCACAUAUUUGUUUUUCCUCUGUGAUCUGUAUAGGUAAGGCUUUAUGGAACAAUGGAAGAGUUGCAAUGUUUGUGAGUACGAUGACGGCAAUUAAAGUACAAAUUUGAUCUUCAACUGUUCUUUUUCAUUUAAUUUUUGCAUAAUGGUGUUUGUA